AAAAACUCUCUAGUUGGCUUCUGUUACGAUCUUUCGCCGUCUUUUAAAACACACAAAACCUUUUUCGUGUUAAAACAACAAAAAUGGUUAAUGAGCAAAAGAGAUUUGCUUUGUUUCUUGCCACAAGCGAUUCAACGUUCGUGAAGAAAACGUAUGGAGGAUAUUUCAACGUGUUUGUUUCGACUUUUGGUGAAGAUGGUGAGCAAUGGGAUCUGUUUCGAGUGAUCGACGGUGAGUUUCCGGACGAUAAGGAUCUGGAUAAGUACGACGGUUUUGUUAUCAGUGGAAGCCUUCAUGAUGCUUUUGGUGAUGAUGAUUGGAUCGUUAAGCUUUGUUCUCUUUGCCAAAAACUUGACGACAUGAAGAAGAAGGUUCUUGGUAUCUGCUUUGGCCACCAGGUUUGAUCUGAUCUGUUGAGAUUUAUGGUCUGAUCUUAUCCGUUGGAUCGUACUUGAUUAGGGUUU